UGAUCUCAGUUUAACCUUUACAAGUGAACUCAAACCCAUUUUUAGUCUUAUGGAAUGGCCUUCUUCAACCUUCUUUUAACCCUCGGCUUUACGCUGUUGGGCACGCUGUUCUAUGGGAUGCAGGCGACAUAUCGUCAUCGCUGCCAGAUCAACCGGCUACGCAAGCGGGGGGUGCCGAUGCCCGCCGAGUGGAAUUGGAUAACCGGUCACCUGCUGGUACUCAAGAAAUACGUCGAUUGCCUCCCGCCCGAUGCGAACGUCGCGCUGGCGACCAAGGAACUGGCCUUCGAGUUCUCUGACACUGAAAUCUUCCUCAUGGACUUUUGGCCUGUUUAUCCGCCAUUGUGGAUGGUGUUCAGUCCGGAGGCGGCGCAGCAGAUUAGCACCACCUACAAUCUCCCUAAGUCGGACAUCGUGCAGCAGUUUAUGCAGCCUAUCACCGGAGGGCCAAACCUGGUCUCUAUGAGCGAUAAGGAAUGGAAGAUAUGGAGAUCUAUCUUUAAUCCGGGAUUCAGCGCUGGGAAUAUGAUGGAUCUGCUACCGGAAGUAAUCGAUUCCGUUCAAAUAUUCUGCGAUCAGCUGCGGGAACGGACAAAUUCGGGGGUGUUUUGUCUAGAUGAUCUCACAACGCGACUGACUAUGGAUGUGAUUCUCAAAGUCGUCCUUGAUAUGGACCUCGAUUACCAACGCUCCGAUAACAUGCUUGCAACCGCGCUAGGGUAUAUCACGCGAUGGCAUUCGUUCUGGGACCCACGCGUACUCGCUAAUCCGCUAAGGCCCAUUAUUCAGAGAUUUUACGGUCGAGUUCUCAACAGGCUAAUCGGUCAGGAACUAGAGAUGCGGUUUGUGGAGAUGCGGAAGGCCCACCUCUCACCAAAUACCACAACCAAACGAGCUAAGUCCGUUAUCAUGUUAGCGGUAGAGGCAUACAUGACCCACUUCGAUAAAAGCCUGGCAGAGUCUAUCACAUUGGACAAACACUUCUCGCGGUAUGCUACGUAUCAGAUCCGCCUAUUUCUGUUCGCUGGGAACGAUACUACAUCGAGCAGUAUCGUUUACGUGUAUCAUCUUCUUUCCCAACACCCUGAGGCAAUGAGACGUGUGCGACAAGAACACGACGAAGUUUUCGGGCCCGACCCUAACGAGGCCGCUCGGACUCUACGGGAGCAGCCGGCCCUUCUCAACCGAUGUGCCUAUACUAUGGCCGUGAUCAGGGAAACGUUACGGCUAUUUCCUCCUGCUGGUACAAACCGCAAGGGGCGUAGGGGAGUCUCGCUCACCGACCGAGACGGCGGUCGCUACCCCACCGACUAUGUUGGUGCCACUAUUUUGCAUACGGCAAUGCACCUCAACCCGCGCGUCUGGCCGCGACCGACAGAAUUUUUACCCCAGCGAUGGCUUGUUGAACCGGGCCACGAACUGUACCCUGACCCCGCCGCCUAUCGCCCGUUCGAACAAGGUCCUCGUAGUUGCAUUGGCCAGACUCUCGUGUACAAUGAAAUGCGUCUGACGUUGAUAAUGACCGCUCGUUCCUUCCGAAUUCAACCGGCGUACGACGAAUGGGACAUGGCCCAUACUGCCUCGGCGACACCCCUUGGUAGAUUGGGGCGUUGGCUGGGUGUGAUGGGGCCAAUGUCGCGGACAGUGGCUGGGGAGAGAGCCUAUCAAACGGAAAAGGCCGGUACCCAUCCUGCGGAUGGGUAUCCUUGUCGCGUUUCGACAGUUGCAUAGCCACAGGAGGCUUGGGAUAUCCCGCAGUUGCGGAAAUUAACGCUAGCUUGUUGGAUCAGAAGACCCCGAUAACUCGAGCCUUGUCUUAGAAUGUCAAUGAGCAAC